AUGGCAGGCUGGGAUCUACUUAAGAUAUUACUAGAUGAGGUCCAAGAAUUUUCCACUCUCAUUGGAAAGGUUUGGCUGACUGUACUUUUCAUCUUCAGAAUUCUCAUCUUAAGCCUUGCUGCAGAGUCUGUAUGGGGAGAUGAACAGUCUGAUUUUAUCUGCAACACUGAACAGCCAGGAUGUACCAAUGUUUGCUAUGAUAAGGCCUUCCCAAUUUCACAUAUUCGUUACUGGGUGCUACAGUUUCUCUUUGUCAGUACUCCUACUUUAGUUUAUCUGGGUCAUGUGAUCUAUGUGUCUAGGAGAAAGGAGAAGUUGCGACGGAAACAGAAUGCUCUGACUCUCCAAGCAACGGAGUCAAAAGAGAAUCAAGGCGCACAGCCUGAAACUCCUAUUGAGCCUGUGAAGAUUGAAGGUGCCUUGCUGUACACCUAUACAGCUAGUGUGGUUUUUAAGAGCAUCUUUGAAGCAGGGUUUCUGCUUGGUCAGUGGUACCUUUAUGGAUUUACGAUGCCUGCUAUCUACGUGUGUGAGCGAAUCCCUUGCCCAAAUAAAGUGGAUUGCUUUGUUUCACGACCUACAGAGAAAACCAUCUUUAUUCUGUUUGUGCUUGUAGUGUCUCUCAUCUCCCUCCUGCUUAACCUCCUGGAGCUCAUCCACCUCCUUUUCAAGCAAUUCUGUCCAACUAUAAAGGAAGGGUCAUCUUAUUCUGCAACAGGAAAUGUCUCCAAUGGGACACUCAGAAUUCUGCAACCACAGGAAUCCUACUCCCAGCCUCCAUCUAGUGACCAUGGCACAGAGCUUCCUGAAUACAAUAAAUUAUCUAAUGGGCAGAAGUGGUCAAGUGUUAGAAUAGAGCAGGGAGUCAGCAGCCCUAUCAAGGCAAAGCCUCUCUUUGACUGUUGGUCACAUGGUAGCAUCUCUACUGUUGUCUCUGGUGUACCAGGCCUAGUUGAUAAUCAAGGGGCCAUUCCCAACAAGUCUCCAGUUCCUUCAAAGCAGCAGUAUGUUUAG